UUUGGACAGCCAUUGCAGUGUCGUGGCUCAGUAACAAAACACGAAAAAAGGGAGAGGAAGACCUGGCGUUUCGCAGGCUCUCUUUUUUUCCACCAGGAUACUAAAUUACAUGACUAAAAGAGCGAACGUCUUCUGUAAAUUAACUGCACCUAAAUAACGGGAUUCAACAGCUCCGGAUAUGUCAUUCCUAAUUGAUUGGAUUUAUAACGGUUUCAAUAGUGUACUACAGUUUUUAGGACUGUACAAGAAAUCCGGCAAGUUAGUAUUUCUUGGGCUGGACAAUGCUGGCAAAACGACGCUACUGCACAUGCUCAAAGAUGACAGAUUGGGACAGCAUGUGCCAACUUUACAUCCAACCUCGGAAGAGCUGACGAUCGCUGGCAUGACUUUCACCACAUUUGACCUUGGAGGCCACGCACAAGCCCGCAGAGUGUGGAAAAACUACCUCCCUGCCAUUAAUGGCAUUGUCUUCCUAGUGGAUUGUGCAGACUUCACCAGAUUGGCAGAAUCAAAAGCAGAACUUGAUGCAUUAAUGACAGACGAGACCAUCGGAAACGUGCCUAUCCUUAUCUUGGGCAACAAGAUCGACAGACCAGAGGCCAUCAGCGAGGAGAGUCUGAGGGAAAUGUUUGGAUUGUACGGACAGACGACAGGCAAGGGUAAUAUUCCCAUGAAGGAGCUGAACACGAGACCACUGGAGGUGUUCAUGUGCAGUGUGUUGAAGAGGCAGGGCUACGGCGAGGGCUUCCGCUGGCUCUCCCAGUACAUCGACUAAAGCAGCCAAGCCCAGUGACACCACCACCAUCACCACCAUCGAAGGGGGGGGGGCGCGCUAAAUCCAACCACUCAAGGCGCCCACCGUUGCCACCAGUACCAUCAUACUCAGCCCCGUGUUUGGUUUAACAAGUCUGUCCACCUUCAGAGAAACCAGUACAACUUGAUCCCAAUAGACUUUUAUUGGUCGAACAUUUGGUUCAGCACUUACAGAAUUCAUACCUGUACGCGCACGCACACACACUCGUUUCCAUCUGUCUUUUUCUAAGAGAGUAACAUAGCAUUGGUUCCACAGCAAAGGGUGUUCAAAUUCAAACUGAUGAAUCUUUUCUAUAUUGUGUCUGUCGUUUACUGCCCUCUCCCCCUCCCUUCCUGCCAUCUGUUGUGUGUGAUGAUAGAUGCAUUAUAACUGUAAAUCUGUAUAUGAUUCCCUUGGUAUAUCAACAAUCCCUGAUGCCUCUUUCCCCUCUUCAAAUCAUUUCGAGCAACGAGAGCAGCAUAGUUGUAUACAUUGCAGUACACUUUUUUAACAGUUAAGUUCAUUCAACAUUAUAUUUAACCAACACAUAUUGGGUUUUUCCUGUUAUUUUUUUGUUAUUCAUGUUUUCAAUAAAAUAAAGUGUGUGGCCACGUAUACAGCCUUCACCAUAGACGCAUGGCUGUUUCACCCAUUUAUUUAAAUGGACCAGUGCAUUUAUCUUAGCGUAUCAGAAAUUAGAUCCAUUUCUUUAAGUAACUUGGAAGUUGAAAUACUUUUGGUUCCAGACUUCUAGACUUCUAUAUCGUGGGGUACAGCAGCAUUGAAUAGAUCUAAGUACUCUGUGGGCCCCCCUUUUUAAAGAGAAGCAUGGGGUGGAUAGGGUGGACAUCGUAAAGCAGAUGAGAGAAGAUUUUUAAUAGAAAAUGAUACUGGCUAUAACCCCACCGAUGUUUGAUGAAAUUGUGUAGAUAGCACAAUGGUCAGUUGAUACAAAGAAAACUAUUUAAGUAAAUGAAACCUUUGGAUAAAUAGCGUAACAAUAACAUGCAGUACGAGAUGAAGGGAGAAAUAAACAGAUGGUUGUAACAUCUUGUAAUCGUCAAUAUUAAGUCCAUCCUGCAGAUGUAUUUCCCAGUGCAGACCUUUUUACAUGGUGAGUCUAGUGACCAAGCGUAGAUAACUGAGGGCACUGUCCCACAGUGUGAACAGGUAAAUAGGCCUGAGACACCUCUAAGAAAAGGGACCAUAUAUGUAUGAAAUGUACAUGAACAUCGUACAUGGAUUUUGUAUUUAUAAGUGGUAUCCUUUGAUCUAUGUGCUUUACCAGAAACUAUUACGCAUGCCUUGUUCUUUUGAUUUGUAAUGACCAUUAUUCCAGAGUAGAACAGGAGGGGGGAAAAGAUGCCAAAAUUUACAAUGAGAGCUGAUUGUCAUGUUUUUUUGUUUUUUUUUUAACGAAAACUAUGGAAUUGUGCUUAAUACACAUUUUUUUUCUGUCCCUGUCCCUUUGUGUCUCUUUCAUUCCCUCAUGACUACGAGAUGAGCUGUUCCAAGAAGGGUGGGACUUGCUGUUGUUUGCAUCAUAAGAAAUGUAAUAAAUGUUUUCAAUGAAUAACAGGCUUUAACAUUGA